CAGUGUAAGUUGAUCUAUGGUCUUGAUCGCAAAGGCAUCAUGAGACAUCAGAGAGAGUGUUUAAUAGCAUUUCUGUGCUUCGGAAUUGCCCUUACGUCGUCGGCUAGUCGUAGAGAGGAGCUCGAGAGGGCCGCUGAACUUGCAGUGGAAAAGGCAGCUGAAAGAGCGGCCGAGAGGGCAGUAGAAAAAGCUUUGAAUAGCGGGAAUAGUACGACGGAAUCCAAGACUAUUCGUGAAUCUUAUUCCAAUGUUAGAAAAGAUCCGUGCAAAGAGAAGAAAGAGAACGACGAUUUCGACGAUAGCAGCGUGGAGCCAGAUGAUGAAGUGGAACCAGAAGAAGACGCGGACCAUUGGAGUAGAUAUUUACGAAAUUCGAGAUUUGCCUCUCGACGCACAAGAGACAGAGACUUUCGUGCAUGGCUCAGCAAGAUCGAUUUUAAAGACAUGACGGAUAUCUGGAAAAGAUUUCCGAGGAGUGAUUGGUCCCACGAGGACACGAGUUGGGAUAAACCGAGCAAAAAGAUCGUGACCGUGCAGAAGAAGGUACCAGUACCAGUACCAGUGACGAUCGAAAAGAAAAUUCCAUAUUCAAUCUACAAGCACGUUCCUUACGAGAUCAAAGUACCUGUAUCACAGUCUUACACAGUGGAGAAGAAAGUGCCUUACCCGGUCAAGGUCUACGUGAACGUACCGGUUGAGGUGCCGGAACCUUAUCAAGUCGAGAAGCAAGUACCUUACAAAGUGAAGGUCGAUAACCCUGUGCCGUACAAAGUCGAGGUGCCACUACUGCAGCCAUAUACAAUCGAGAAGAGGAUUCCGGUCGAGGUAAAGGUACCGAUAUCGCAGCCGUAUACCGUCGACAAGCCGGUACCCUACGAAGUCAAAGUACCUGUCAAGAUACCGACACCGUAUGAGGUUGAAAAAAAGGUACCAGUACCAGUUAAGAUUCCUGUUGACCGGCCAUAUCCGGUACCAGUGCCGAAACCGUACCCAGUAGAGGUCACCAGACCGUAUCCGGUUGAAGUGACUAAACCGUAUCCAGUAAGAAUUAAAGUACCUGUGGAGAAACCGUAUCUAGUGCCGGUCGAGAGGCCGGUUCCGGUACCUGUCAAAGUGCCGGAUCCCCAACCAUAUACCGUGGAGAAACCAGUGUCGGUGGAGAUAGUGAAACCUUAUCCCGUCCCGAUUAAAGUACCCGUGGACAAACCUUAUGAGGUAUACGAGACGAAGUCGGUGCUUAUACCGGUGAAAAAGCCCUUUCCGUAUAUCGUGCAAGUGCCGGUACCCGUCAAACCCGGUUGGAAGAAUCGUACCAAGGAAGAUUUACUAGAGAGCGAAAGCGCCGAGACUAAGUGGCGAUGACCGCAAUGGUCAGAUGAAUCAUUCAAUUGAUAAAACCGCAGGUGGUUAUUUGCUAGCAAUUCAUCGUGCAUUAAGUAUAUAAAAAAAUAUAUCAUAUAAAACGCGACAAAUAAAUUUAAUAUAAUUUAGG